GGUUUCGGUUUGCUUAUUGUUAACUUGUCGCUUUUAAUUGUUACAUCUCUUUGAUUAAUAUUUACUUUCAAUAUGCGAUUAACUAAUUCAGUUUUACGAAAUGUUCGUUUAGUUAUUCUUGGUCCACCGGGAUCUGGAAAGGGAACAAUUAGUCAGAAAUUGGUUUCUAACUUUAAAUUGUCUUAUAUUUCCUGUGGUGAUGUGCUGCGAAAUAAGAUUGCCCAAGGAACAGAUGAAGGUAAAGUUGCUGCUACCUACAUUUCUCGUGGUGAUUUGGUCCCUAAUGAAUUAGUUACCAAAUUAAUGGUUGAUACAAUUAAUGGUGAUUUCAAGGGUAACUCAUGGUUAAUGGACGGUUUUCCUCGGACAGUAUUACAAGCUCAAUCUCUAUUAACCUGUACUACUAUUAAUAAGGUUAUCAAUCUAAAUGUACCAGAUGAUGAGAUAAUCAAUCGUAUCAAGCAUCGUUGGAUUCACCUAAGUUCUGGUCGUAUCUAUAAUCUUGAAUAUAAUCCUCCCAAGGUUCCAUUUAAAGAUGAUAUAACCGGAGAUGAUUUGAUCCAACGAGAAGAUGAUAAACCUGAAGCUGUUAAACAAAGACUUGAUACUUACAAUGCAUCAACUUUACCAGUUCUUGAGUUUUUCGGGAAAAAAGGACUUCUCGUUGAAUUUACUGGAAGAGAAUCAAAUGUUCUCUAUCCUAAAAUCCAUAGUUAUCUAGAAGAUUAUCUCAACCUGAAGUCAUCUUAAACCGGAUAGCAACUCAAUUAAUGUGCCGAUCAAAGUCAUUUACAUGACUUUUGCCAUGUCUCAGAAUUUUCGCCAAAAUUUGUUCCGCCAUUAAUUUAAUCAAGAUAAAAGAGAUGUGCCUUCACAAACUAAAAGCCCCACGAGCUUGGAUUUCAAAGUGAUUUUUUCCUCAUCUGUUAACAUUCCUAAUUAUGGAUUUACAAUUUAAACUUUUUUUUUCUCUCUCAUCAGGUAAAUUUGCAAUCAAAUCAUUAUAAAUUAUAACAAUGUAACUAGUUUCCUUCUCAUCUUACAAUCAAAGUAAUCAAUCCUAUUAUAAUAUGUACAUUACUUUAAUACUAGUAUCUCAAUCACUAUUGUGUAAUCAUCAACUGUUGAAUUAAUUGCUGAUUUAUUGCUGUUUCAAAUAGAAUUGAAAAACAUGAUCAUUGUUUAACUGUAAACAUGAAGUGUUAAUCAUGAACAAACAACAACAAUUUAUUUCAUCUCAAUUUUCAAACUGAUUGAUUGUUGUAAAUUGAUUGAGCAAUUGGUUUACGUUUUAAUGAAAAUGAAAUGAUUCAGACCAAAAGACGAGAUUAAUAUGAGAUUGAAUUGUAAUGUCAUGAAAUUGAUUGUGUUUACAUGGGAAGAAAAAAAAAUCGUCUGGAUUAAAAAGAAACAUCAAUUGA